AUGCGCAAUGAAAUUCGAUCAUACUGCUUGCGAACGAUAAACUUUCUAAAAAAGAUUUUCGGAUUUAUCAUUACUCAUAUUGGAUUGUGUGUAUUAGUUGCUGCAUACGCUGUUCUCGGAGCAUUUAUGUUUCGCGAAAUCGAAUAUCCUGAAGAAUUGAAAUUUCAGGGGCAUAUAGAGAAUGAUACGUGGACGGUAAUAAACGAAUUGUAUAGGUUUAUCGAUUCAUGUGAUGUAAUCGAAGAAGCGGAAGUGAAAAACAAAGCACAUAAGUUGCUUAAAGUUUUCGAAUUACAACUUGUUAAUGCUGUCAACUUUGAAGGUUACGAUGAUAAAGAUGUGAUAACACCAAAUUAUCAGUGGACAUUUUCUGGUGCUUUAUUAUUUUCAAUAACUGUUUUCACAACUAUCGGGUAUGGCCAUAUCUGCCCAAAAACACCUUUGGGACGUGGUAUGACAAUGUUAUAUGCAAUGUUUGGUAUACCUCUCAUGUUGCUCUGCUUAGCAAAUAUUGCCGAAAGCCUUGCUCAGGUAUUUACGUUUGUAUAUUUCAAAGUUUGUUGUGCAUAUUGUCGAUGGCAACAAAAUCGUCGUCGUGUUCGUCGUUCAGCAAUCAGUUUCCGCUAUCAUCCCAAUGCACCGAUAAACGCUAGAAGAGUUCCACCAAGUCGCUACAAUCAACGUUAUUCUGGAAUACGUCGGCAUGGAAGUUUGACGCGAAUGUACGGAACACGUAUGAAAAGUAUUUUGAGCGACACGAAAAGUAUUCAUAGCUCACGAAGCUUUAAUAAUAAAUUUGACACAACUUCAUUACCAGGACGUAGAAAUUUCGCAACUUAUAACGCUCGAACGUCGUAUGAUACCAACCAUAAAUUAUCAUUAAGGAGAAAGACAAGAAUAGCAAGUCUAGCAAAUCGGAUCCGUUUAAAUGAUCUAUCAUUACGCGAUUCUUUACUUCGCAGUGAUGGCGAAUUUGACCAGAGGCGAGGUUGUUGUAAUUUAUCAGCAAGGCUUGCUACUGAACAUUCAUACAUCUCUUCAAAAGGUGGUAUACCAGUGCGUUAUCAAAAUAAUGGUAAACCACGUGGUGCCUUCGUUGAACUUAAAACUUAUGGUGGUAAUAUUGCUGGAACAUCAACUAAUUUACCUUCUAAUGUUACUGGCUACAUUUCGGUGCCACAACUAAGAGCCAAAGCUCGACUAAAGGAAGAAAAGGAAAAGGACAUGUCAACAGUUACACCAAGAAUCAUUAAUCAACGUGUAAGUAAUUCAAACAGAAAGGAAAGUGAUUCGAUAAGAUUACCACAAAUUACAGUUAAUGAUGUGGAAGAGAAAGAUGAAACUAAUCACCAGAAAAGGAUUUCGAACAAUAUCGAACAAUCAUCAAUUGUUACAGCUACAAUUAAGGAAGAAGAACAGGCAGAAAGAGCAUCAUCUUCACAGGAAUCAACACAACAGCAAUCAACAGGCAUUGCCAUUAACUGCGUAAUGAACACAACAAACAAACCGCCAUCCUUCGACAAUAGUCGAUCGUUUCACAGUGUGGGUAGCGAACGGUCUGAUGACAUGUCAUUACGGUCAAUAAGACGUAGGGGCAUACCAUAUAAACGCGAAAAAAUGCCGCUUUCGGUUGGAAUAAUAACGGUUAUUUUGUUUAUUGCCGGUGGUGCCAUUUUAUUCGCUGUUUGGGAAGAUUGGAAUCUUUUCGACGGUGCAUACUACUCAUUUAUCACUUUAAGUACGAUCGGUUUUGGUGAUAUAGUACCCGGGCAAAGUCUCGGUGAAGGUUCACAAGAAAAGCUAAUUGUAUGUGCAUUGUAUUUACUAUUUGGUAUGGCAUUAAUCGCAAUGUGUUUCAAAUUGAUGCAAGAUGAUGUGGUUCAGAAAGCACGAUGGCUUGGACAAAAAAUUGGUAUUCUUGGAAAACAAAAUGAAACGUCGCGGUUGGGUGACGUACUAACAUCACCUAUACUGCGCAUGUUGGAACUGCAAUCCAAUAUUGCACGAUCACGAGUUCAAGCAAUGAGAGAAAGUAUAUCAGAAACAGAAUCUGAAGUGGAUGAUGAUAAUUUGAUAGAAGAAGAUGAUAAAGAUAAUAUUAUGUCUGAAGAAAAAACUGAUCAGGAUAAGGCUGCUUUAUCCAGUGGUUCAUCGAAACGUGAUGAUGAUGAGUUACGCAAUUUGAUCGUACGUGGUGAGAAGAAGUAUCAAGGAUAUUAG